AUGCCCGGCAAGAGCGUUGAGCAGCGGCUCGUGGAGCGUUUCAUGCGGUACUCCGCCAUCAGCAGCCAGAGCAACGCGGCCAAUAUCGGCAAGUGCCUGCCAACGUCGCCGGGCCAGCAGGAACUCGCGGAGCUCCUCGCCGGGGAGCUGCGAGCGGCCGGCCUCGAGGACGUUGUCUGCGACGCCCACGCGACGGUGACGGCGGUGAGGCGCGGCAGCAAGAAGGACUGCCCGACGAUUGGCUUCAUCGUGCACCUCGACACCGUCGACGUCGGCCUCAGCCCUGUGGUGAAGGCGCAGAAGCUGCGCUACGACGGCGGUGACGUGUGCCUCAACAAGGAGCAGGACAUUUGGCUGCGUGCCGCCGAGCACCCGGAGGUCGUGCGCUAUGCCGGACAGGAGGUGCUGUUCAGCGACGGCACGAGUGUGCUCGGCGCUGACGACAAGGCGGCGAUCGCGAAUGUGAUGGAGAUGAUCACAAGCCUGCGCCCGGAGGAUGAGCACGGCGACAUCGUCAUCUGCUGCGUGCCGGACGAGGAGAUCGGCCUCCUUGGCGCCAAGAACCUCGACCUCAAGGCCCGCUUCAACGUUGACUUCGCCUACACGAUCGACUGCUGCGAGCUGGGCGAAGUGGUGUACGAGAACUUCAACGCCGCGGUCGGGCGCAUCACGUUCACCGGCGUCCCCGCGCACCCCAUGUCGGCGAAGGGCGUGCUGGUCAACCCGCUGCUGAUGGCCGUCGACUACAUGGCGCGCUUCAGCCGCGACGAGACACCGGAGCGCACCGCCGGCAAGGAGGGCUACCACUGGUUCUCUGAGAUCCACGCCGGCCAGAGCGAGGCGGUACUCAGCGUGAUGGUGCGGGAGUUCGACGAGGCGAAGUUCGAGGAGCGUAAGCAGAAGCUGCACGCGGCAGCCGAAGAGAUCCGGCAGCUGUACCCCACCGGCCAGGUGGAGGUGUCCGUGAUGGAGCUGUACCGCAACAUCGCUGACUCCAUUGGCAACGACCGCACGGCGGUGGACGUUCUCUUCGAGGCGCUGAGCAGCGUCGGCGUCGAGCCGAAGGUGAUGGCGAUGCGUGGCGGCACCGACGGCGCGGUGCUCUCUGCGAAGGGCAUCGUGACGCCGAACUACUUCACCGGCGCGCACAACUUCCACUCAAAGUUCGAGUUCCUGCCGAUCCCGUCUUUUGUCAAGUCGUACGAGGUGACGCGGCAGAUCGUCGCUAUCGCCGCCAAGCGACAGAAGCGGCUCAGGNCCUGCCGAUCCCGUCUUUUGUCAAGUCGUACGAGGUGA